CAUGAAAAAACGUAAGAGUUCCGGGAAAAACAUUUUAAUGGUGCCGCAGAUAACUAUAAAAAAUCAGUCGGACAUCGAAGAUAGAAAAGCCGGAAUAUUUCAGAGACUUGGCCUAAAAGAUGACGAGGAAAAUGAUUCCGACUCCAAAAAAGAGCGGAAAAGAAAGCGGGGCAUUGACGAAGAACUGAUGAAACUUCUGCAUGAACAAGAGGCGGAAAUUGAAGAGGAAGAUUUAGAACUUCUGUCGAAGAAAGAGAAAAAGAAGUUGUUGAAAAGGUUGUUAACUCAGCAAGGGAGAGAAGAGGAAUAUGAGCUGUUAAGAAAGAAGAAGAAAAAAGGAUUAAAGAAGAAGAGAGAGUACAAAGAUCUGGAUGAUGAGAGGGAAUCCAAGAGGAAGAUUAAUGUACAAAGUGAAAAAGCAGAUGACGAUGCAGGGGAAGAUGUAGAUUUAGAAGAUCUUCAGUCAGAGGAUGAAAUACAACUUGAAGAAGAAGAAGAGACAGAGAUAAUACAUACUGAAGAAGUUGAAAAAGAGCAAAAGAAUUGUAAAGAGGCAAAGAGGAACAUCCAAAGAGAAAAAGAUGAAAAGGAGUUGAAAGCUGCGCGAGCUCUCUUGAACCCAAGUCUUUAG